UCUGUGGUGCUGUCUACUAUUUAUUAUGUCAUUGUCAAAAUUGUUUAUUGUUGAUCUUAAAAUUUGAAUUAGCUUGUUUCCGGGCUCAAAUACUUUCUAGAGUAACCUCCGCAAUUAUGAGCCAGAGACGUACAAAGAGGUCCACCCAAGCGUCCCAAGCUGAACAAGACAGAUCUACGAUUGCAGAAACCGAUGGUUCCGACCAUGAAGACUCUAUCAAAGAGUGUGUUCGCUACAUCAUCUGUCGGGAAGGCAGUAAAAUACCAAUAAAGAGAGCAGAAAUUAUUAAACACCUUAGUACAACUUGUCAAACUCCUUCGAACUUGGUGAAAACGGUAUUGGUUGAAGCAGAUAGAAUACUAAAAAGGGUGUAUGGUUACAAGCUGGUUCAGGUUGAGGCUAAAAGUGGUAUACAGUACAUUGUGGUACUGGCAGAGAAAUAUAAUUCUUUGCCGAACUUCUCAUCUGCUAUAGACAGCCAACACCGGACGCUACUGAUUGCUGCCUUAAUGCACAUUUUUAUGAGCGGUGCAGCUGUUAAAGAAGAUGAAAUGUGGAAGUUCCUGAUGGAAGCUGGACUAUUGGAAGAGAAUGACAAUGCAGGACGGAAACUACUAACCACCACAUUUACUCGGCAGAUGUAUUUACAAUAUCGUAAGGUUGGAGAAGGUGACCUAGCAAGAAAUGUAUUUACUUGGGGCCAACGUGCCAUUGAGGAAGUGCCUAAAAUGUUCCUUUUAGAAAAAAUGGCCGAGGCUUUUGACAAAACUCCCGAUCAUUGGUGUGAACAAUACAAGGAAGCAACACAAGGAAAUGCAGUUUAAAUAUAUACUUACAUUUUGAAAAUAAUAAAUAUUUUAAGUGGAAUUUAGCUUAAGAUUUUUAUAGAUUUUGUAACCAUACCAAAAGUAUGC